AUGGCUGUCUUGUUGACCUCCUUGCCAGGAAAGCCCCUGGCUAUUGAUUGGGUUUAUUACAAGACAGCAGUUGCUAAGGCUGGCAUGGUGGAUGAGUUUGAAAAGAAGGCUAAGAGUGCUGCUGAAUAUGUGCAGGCCUCUAAAUCCCAUAUUGUCCAGUAUGAGAAACAGCUUGAGAAGUUCAGAGCCAUGAUUCCAUUUGAUCAGAUGACAUUUGAGGACUUGAUUAAGGUCUUUCCUGAAAUGAAACUGGACAAGGAGAAGUAUCCAUAUUGGCCACACAAACCCAUUGAAGACCUGUAAAUCUGUCUGAAAGCAGUUUCUGGUAACUGUCAAAUUCUCUAGAAUCUUUUAAAUAAAGUAAUUGUACAGGGCUUCAGCAAUGUGUCUCGUCUUGGUUUCAAAACCAAAAGAUUAAAUCCACUAGGAGGUUUUUUUUUUGUUUUUUGUUUUUUUAAGUGGGUGACAAAUGCCCUGAAAUAAGCAGGCAAUUGGUUUUGGAGGCUCUGCACUUUACAGGGUGGGGAUAGUCCCUGAAGGACAGGAUUGAGUCUUCCAAGCAGGAUGCCAAGGUUUAGUGUUUGUAGAAUACUCUCCCUGUUCUUGCUGUUCAGGUUAACCCAGGGGUCGGCAACCUUUCAGAAGUGCUGUGCCGAGUCUUCAUUUAUUCACUCUAAUUUAAGGUUUCGUGUGCCAGUAAUACAUGUUAACGUUUUUAG